CUCUGUUGCAGCAGCAUAUCUGGAUCUGUGUGCAGAGGAAAGUGUUUCUGCCAUCGGACAGCAUGAGAGCCUUCAUCCUGCUAGUGUUCCUGUCAGCGUGCUGCCUGGCUCAGAGACCCAAACCAUGCAAAUCCCCACGACUGCUGACUGGAACUCUCUCUGUGGCUACCCAAAAAGAGAAUCUGAUGGCCUAUGCCAAGUACACCUAUGACGCACUGGGACAGCGAAUCCGCCUCAGAGAGUUUGGAAGUUAUGACAAUAAGAGCUUCCACUUCGAUGUACUUCUACUCUUCCAAAAGGGUGUCAUGUACAAGAUAGAUAAGAAGAACAAAACAUGCUGCAAGAAGCCACUGAAGACAGACUUUCACCCACUGGCCAUCCCAGAGGACGCUAACCUGCUAGGACAGGUGGUGCUGGGCAGCUCCUCGGGACCAGGGCAGGGGGUCCUGGUCAACUCAUGGGAAGGAGAGCUGCAGAUGAAGAAUAGAACAGCAAAGUACUUUAGCACCGUCACAGAGUUUGGAUGCGUCCCUAUCACCACCAUGUUUCACACCAGCCAAAGUGGAUGGAUGGUGACCAGCUUCUUCAACAACGUCAUUGGAUUAGCGGAGCCUCAAGAACUCAUCCCUCCACAUUUCUGUAAGGACGCCCAGCUGGAGGAAGAGGAGGAUGAGGAUCCAGCGACCUUCUUCAGCUUGUUUUAAAACAGUUAUGUGAUCUUCUUUGAUGAUGAAUACUCUAAUAUGACUCUUUGCACUCUAUUGUUUCUUUACUUGAGUAGCAGUCAUUGGUGUGGUAUAUCUUUGGGUAGAAUUCAUGAUGCAAUUAAUUACAUUUGAAUCAAUACAAUUCCUGUGUGUAUAACCAUUAGAUUGAGUGUAAGAAGUGAUUGACAACAAAACAGUUGACGUAAAUGAUAGGCUACAGUUAAAAAGUCACUUGUGAUGGAACAGUAAUAAAAAAUCAGAAAUCAAAUCAU